CAAACUGGAGCUCAUGAGUAGGAUCAACCUGUGACUGGGACAAAAUACAUCACAAUCUUCAUACAACCUUCAUCAUUGCGUCUCAGCCAUUGGAAAUGGAAAUCAUGCAGGAUUUGAUCCCCUUCGCCAAAGAGAUGCUGAGUCAGAAACCCAGCCGUGGUUUGCUGAAGGUCUACCUGGUGGGUUCGGUCUUUGCACUGUUGGGGACGCUCAUUGGUCUGGUCGAGACCGUGUGUCACCCAUUCUCCUCUAGUGAGCCCAUGGACGCAGAGAUGGACCUGUACCAAAGAACUGUUGAGGCCGAGGCACAGAGCAAGGUGGAGGGGCAGGAGGUCAAGCUGACUCAUGAAAAAGGGGCUGUGACCCAGAGCACCAACCUCUACAAGACCCAUAAACUCAGCCAGCGGAGCAUAGCGAACCGGCUGCAUGCUUCCUAA